UUUUAAACCGCCUGGUCGCGGCGGUUCCCACGGAAGGUCGGGGACAGUCCCCGGACCGCGCCUUCCUCGUGGCCCUUCCCGCACCCCUGGCGAGGCGGGCAAGGGGUGUUCUGGUGGGGGAAAAGCAGUCAAAACACAGCCUGUCAAACAGGGGAGCUCCGGGGGCCGGCCAGGUCAGGGUCAGCGGGCAGCCGCCCAUACGACCCGCCCGGGCCCCGGGGUGUGACACGGCCAGAAAUACUCUCAAAAAGGCAGAAGGAAAAAUACAACAGAUUCCGUGCUCAGGGUUAGACAUGAAUGAGGAGCGGUUGGGUGAUGCCAGUGGAGCAGACAGUGCUGAGACCUACACUGACAAAGACACAGACCAAAGGAGUUCCCCAGACAUGACUAAAUCCAAAAGUUGUUUCACCCCUGAAAGCCCUGAAAUUGUUUCAGUGGAUGAAGUUGGUUAUGCAGUUCAGAAAAAUGGUGGGAGCACAGAGAACUGUCCAGACAGCCCCAAGUACCACCCAGAGCAGAACCACUUCCUGAUAGAAGGUCCUUCUGGGACAGUUUCUUUACCAUUCAGUUUGAAAGCAAACAGACCUCCACUGGAAGUCUUGAAAAAGAUCUUCCCUAACCAAAAGCCAACUGUGUUGGAGUUGAUCUUGAAGGGGUGUGGUGGUGAUCUGGUGAGUGCUGUAGAGGUUCUCCUUUCCAGUCGGUCUUCAGUGGCCAGUGGGGAGAGAACUUCCGCAGAAUCUGAUGGUCUUGUUUUGCCUUCCAACGGGCAUAUUUUUGAACAUACUCUGAGUUCUUACCCUAUUUCAUCUUCCAAGUGGUCUGUGGGCUCAGCAUUUAGGGUUCCUGACACACUGAGGUUCUCUGCCGAUACCAGUAAUGUUGUGCCAAAUCCUCUGGCUGUGCCUUUGCAGCACCCCUUCCCUCAGCCGCCGCGGUACCCACUGAUGCUGAGGAACACUUUGGCAAGAAACCAAUCCAGUCCGUUCCUGCCCAACGAUGUCACCCUGUGGAACACCAUGACACUGCAGCAGCAGUACCAGCUGCGGUCCCAGUACGUGAGUCCUUUCUCUAGCAACUCAGCCAGCAUUUUCCGAAGCUCACCUGUCCUUCCUUCCCGCUCGUCAGAAGAUCCUAGGAUCUCAAUUCCUGAUGAUGGGUGUCCUAUUGUGUCAAAGCAACCGAUUUACACAGAAGAUGAAUAUGAGGAAAGGUCUGAUUCUUCAGACUCAAGAAUACUCAACACAUCUUCUUAGACUGAUAUUUGAGAUGUGAUAGUUAAGUGAUGCAGUGCAGCUGAACUACUGGCCCAUAAGAAGAGGGACAUGUACUCUAUGAAACUCUUGCAAUUGUAUUAAAAAGUGACUUUGCUUGGUAUUGUACUAUAGCAAUAAAGACAUAACUUAUUUAAUUUCUUGCACUUCACUGGAUAAUGCCAAAUAGCAAUAC